AUGGCCCAGGGCACCCGAGGGCCGACCCCGGCUACUAUGCCGCCCAACGGCACCGCGACCCACGAUCCCACCCCGACCGCCGUAAACCGCAAGAAGCAGAAGCGACGGGAGAAGGAGGCCGCCAAGAGAGCCGCACAGGAACCGCCUGCGCCUGCGCCCGCGCCUGUGAGAAACGGUGCUCCUCCUCCUCCCCCUCCCCCAGGCCAGCAGUACGCGGACCCCGAGCUGGACGAGGCGGCCUACGACGAGGGGGAGUACUACUCGGACGAGGAGUAUGAGCACGCGUACGGCGCAAAUGGCGACUACCAGCAAGCCUACAGCCACGUGCCAAUGCGAGGGAGCACAAACAAAAAGUCCAGGCGGAAGAAGAAGGCGCCCUCCGCUCCUCCUCCGCUCGACUACACCCAGCACGUCGCGUCACGCCUCAGCCCCGCACCCGGACACUCCAUGUCGCCCGCCCACUCUGUCGCGCGAUCCGGCUCCAGACAGGACCGUAUAUGGAACACCACCAUGCAGGACGAGAGGGAUCGCAUACGCGAGUUCUGGCUGUCCCUCGGCGAGGACGAGCGCAAGUCGCUUGUCAAGAUUGAAAAGGAGGCGGUUCUGCGCAAGAUGAAGGAGCAGCAGAAGCACUCGUGCAGCUGCACCGUGUGCGGCCGGAAGCGCACAGCCAUCGAGGAGGAGCUGGAGGUUCUAUAUGAUGCCUAUUAUGAAGAACUCGAGCAGUACGCGCACCACCAGCAAGACAUCGGUAGUUUCAUGCCCGAGGCUAAUUAUGGUUAUGCGUCCAGUGCUCCUCAUCACCCACGCCCUAUGCUCAACUCCCACCCCCAUCCACCCCCCGGCACCUACGACGACGACGACGAAGAAGAAGAAGAAGAGUACGACUCGGGCGAGGAAGACGACGAAGAUUCCGAAUACGACAGCGAGAUCUCGUCGGAAGGCGACUACAGCUCCGGCGAGCCAAGUCUACCGCCGCCCGAGCCCUCAGACUUCCUCCAGUUUGGCAGCAGUCUGCAGGUCAAAGGUGGCAUACUUACGGUUGCUGACGAUUUGCUCAAGAACGACGGGAAGAAGUUCAUCGAGAUGAUGGAGCAGCUCGCCGAGCGUAGAAUGCAAAGAGAGGAAGAUGCUCAAGUUCAGGCUCAUCCAGGUGCGCAGCAUCGAUCGUAUACCGGUCACAGUCACAACGCUCCGCCGCCCGACGAAGACGAUUACGACGACGAGGGCGAGGAUGAGGACGAGUACGAUGACGACGACUACGAGGAGGAUGAAGAGGAUGAGGAAGGCGCCAUGACUGAGGAGCAACGGAUGGAGGAGGGCCGCCGAAUGUUUCAGAUCUUCGCAGCGCGAAUGUUUGAGCAAAGGGUACUCCAAGCGUAUCGAGAAAAGGUAGCCGCAGAGAGGCAGCAGAAGUUGCUCGAAGAACUAGCAGAAGAGGAUGUGCGAAAAGACGCGAAAGAGGCCAAGAAAGCAAAAGAAGCCCAGAAGCGAAAAGAGAAGAAGGACAAGCAGAGGCAGUUGAAGGCGGAGCAGGAAGCGAAGAAGGAAGCCGAACGAGCAGCCAAAGAGGCCGAGGCCAAGGCUGCAGAAGAGAAACGACUCGAGGAGCAACGGAAGAAGCGAGAAGAGCAGCGGAAGAAGAAAGAGGCUGAGCGCAAAGCCCAAGAGGAAGAGAAGCAACGCAAAGAAGCCGAGCGUCUGGAACGACAGCAGGAAGAACGCGAGCGACAGCAGGAAGCUGAGAGGAAAGCACGAGAACAGAAAGCGCUCGAGAAAAAGGCCAAAGACGAGGCUAAACGAAAGGAACGUGAAGAGCGAGAAGCGAAAGAGAAAGAGGCAAAAGAGAAGAAGGCACUAGAGGACAAAGAGCGCAAGGAACGCGACUCAAAACUAAAGGUCGACAAGAACCGUACGGCCAAGGAAGACCAAGCCGCCGCCGCUGCUGCUCACAAUGCUAUAGCUGGUGCGGCGAAAAAGUCGUCACAGCCAGCAGUCGCGGUGCCUCCCCAGUUGCUGAAGCAGAACUCGUCUGCUGGAAUGCCUUCGCCACUUGUUACACCAGCUGUACCAAAGGCUCCAACACCUAACCGACCACGACAGACAUCGCACCAAACCUCUCACAGUUCAUCCCCCAAGACUCCCCACGCGACUCUGGGGGUGAGCAAGUCAACAUCUCCGAAUUCUCAGAUGCCGAAUCAGUCAAUACCAAGGUCCAUUUUGACCAAAGCACCAAUCCCACAGCAAGGUCUAUCCAAUCCGCAUGGCCAGCCAGCUUCUCCGAUGCCUCCCAUGGGACCACCACCGGGGAUGCAAGGACCACCAGGACUCGGGAUGGGUAACAUGCCACCGGGUCUGAAUGGCUUCCCUGGUCACACCUCAAUGAUGCCCGGGAUGAUGGGCCCCCGUCCAAAUAUGCCCUUCUACCCCCAGCCUGCGCCCCAGAGCUUCCGUGGUUUCCCACCACCAGGAAUGCACACAUCAGGCGCCCUCCCGAUCGGUCGUGGCGGUUUUCCAAUGGAGGGACCACCAGGUUUUCCCGCACCCCCUGGUUUUACCGCCCCAAUGCCCACCGCGUUUCCAAUGGGUAUGCCGACGCAUUCAAGACAAGGAAGCGGAUCGUUUGAGAGACUUUCAAACGAAAGCCCUAUUACGGGGCCGUCAGCACAGCCCAUUCAACGACCUACGCCCAUCAAGCGUCCAAGUAGUGUAAAGGAAGACGGUCAACAAAACGGGAGCGAUGUAGAUGAACUUGCGAACCACCUCGGCAGUAAAGCACUACUGGAUGACGACGACGAUAUACCUGAGUUACCCGAGAAUCGACGGCCGAGCAUGCAACAACAUGGCUCCGUGAGAGCGCCAUCAUUUGGGUUUGCGGAUAUUCCCGGAAGCCAAUAUGGGUCGUUUGGUGCACCAGGCGUUGGUGGGGGUAGUAUCUGGGGUACACCUCCCUUGGGAGGUUUCCACCCAGGUCCUGCUGGUGGUGGCAAUUGGGGCAACUCACCCACAUCCAACAUAUUCAACUCGCCAUUUUCUCUGAAUGGAGGCAACGCAAGGGGAACGGAGCGCAACGCGAAUGAACACCGCAUAGUCUGGCUCCGCCGCACAAUCUGCGCUGCAUGCAAAACCCUCGGCCCGCGUGCCGCUGACGCAGAAGGCUAUGUCGAUGCAAGCGAAGUGCACAGACAAGUCGAAGCGUCAAGAGGGGCCAUGGACCCUGCUGCUGUGUCUAUGGAGGAGAUGAAGGAAGCUUGCGACAUCCUUGACGUCACGCAUACUAAUGGUGGUGGCACUCUGGAUUACAAGGAGGCAGACAAUGGGAGGGUGGAGAAGAUUAGGUUCAGCGAGAGUGCGCCUGCAACUGCGAUGCCUUCUAGUUUGGGCGAAAUUGGUAGCCCCGUUCCUGGCCAUAGCGUCCUUGCGGGUGGGUUUGGUGGCAGGUUUCCUGGGCUUGGGCCUCAGGGCUUCUGA